AUGCUGCUUAAAUUCAGAAAAAUUAUGAGACAACCCAUCAAGCAAAAGAGGGUUGAUAAAAUACUUAUGGAUGGUAACUCUCUAGUGCUCGAGGAUUUAGUACAAUUAACAAAGGAAAACGCUAAAAUUGAGAUAGCUCAAAAUUCAUGGAAAAAAUUAGGCGAGGCUAGAGCAAUAGUAGAGAAAUUAUCAAAGCAGGACGAGCCUGUCUAUGGGAUCACUACUGGAUUCGGAAGAUUUUCAAAUGUCAAAAUUCCCUAUGAGAGUUUAAUAGACCUUCAGUACAAUUUAAUCAGGUCUCAUGCCACAGGUGUUGGUAAACUACUCCCACUAGAUGCAGCUAAAAGGGUGACUGCAUUGAGAAUUAAUACAUUAGCUAAAGGAUAUAGUGGAUGCUCACUAGAAACUGUUUAAAGGUUAGUAGAGAUGUUCAAUGCAGGAUGUAUUCCUUGGAUUCCAGAUCAAGGUAGUGUAGGUGCUUCUGGUGAUCUUGUUCCACUCGCUCAUAUAGGCUUGUCUUUGAUAGGAGAGGGGUUGGUAUGGAACCCUAAUUCCUUAAGAUAUGAGCAUUCAUCAAAGGUGUUUGAGGAGCUUGGUAUUAAAAAGGCGGAGUUAAAAGCGAAAGAUGGAUUAUCUCUUAUUAACGGAACUUAAUUUAUCUGUGGAGUUGGAUCAAUAGCCGUAGAAAAAGCCUUAAUUGGAAUCAAAAGUGCUACUAUAAUUAGUGCUCUAAGUUUCCUCGCUCUUAAAGGGCAUGCAGAUGCAUUUGAUGAGAGAAUUUAAGACAUCAGAAUACAUUAUGGAUAAAAGGUUAUAGGAGAAGUGAUGAGAGAACUGCUUCCUUAUGGGAAAAACAUUGAGAAUAAAGAUGAUGUACAGGAUCCUUAUUCAAUGAGAUGUAUUACUUAAGUUCUUGGACCUAGUUUUGAGGGGGUAUUUUUCUCUAAAGAAGGCAUUGAGAUUGAAAUGAAUACUGGGAGUGAUAAUCCAUUAGUAUUUAGUGAUAGAGAACCGCAUAUUGUAAGUGGAGGCAAUUUCCAUGGUGAAUUCCCAGCUAAGCAAUUAGAUGUUUUAGCAAUGUACAAUCAUGAAAUUGCUAGUAUAAGCUUUAUGAGGGCUAAAAGGCUAUUAAAUCCUAACAAGAGUCUUGGAAUGCCAGCAUUUUUGACGAUGAGAGGAGGCACUAAUUCAGGUCUAAUGACUUGGGAAAACGUAGCUGCAUCUUUGGUGUCCGAGAAUAAAGUGCUUUGCCAUCCAUCAUCAAUCGAUACUGCUGAAACUUGUGCUGACAAGGAGGAUCAUGUUUCAAUGGGAGCUUUUUCAGCUAGAAAAGCUUGCAUUGUAGCCGAUAAUGUCCUUAGUGUACUAGCAGUUGAACUGUUAGCUGCAGCACAUGCACUAUAGUACAGAUUUGAGCAUGAACCUGGGUUUUCUAUUUAUCACCCAGGUUUGAAGAAAGUCUACGAGAAGAUAAAAUCAAUCUCUCCUCCUCUACAUUCUGAUAGAUAUACAGUACCUGAAUACAAAUUAAUGAAGGAGUACAUCAGCUCCGGCGAGAUGUGGGAUACAGUUCAAGCUUUUAUGGGCACUAGUAAUUAUGGAAUAAACUUCGCUCAUGCAGAGGGUGAUUCAUCUGGAAAACUUAGAAUUCAAUAAGUUCCUAGGGAUUCAGAGGGUAAUCUUAAGUAUACUAAAAUGAGAGAACUUCAAACUUAAGCUGGCCAACUUUAAAAACUUGGCUUGAGUUAUAAUAGCAUUAGUGAGGAUGAGUUAAAGGAAGCUAUAAUGUAUUACAAGAAGUAUAUCAAAGCUGAAAAUGUAGUGUCAGUGCUUGAUGCCUCAUAGGAUGAUUUAGGUGCUAGAGCGAAUUAUGGAAGAGGUAAUUAAAACAUUGAAGAUACAGCUUAUGAGCAAUUUUUGCAAAAGUUUUCAAACUUCCAAGUCAAUAGAUACAAUCAAGAUGCAAUUCAGCAAUGCUUAUUAAUUGGAAGUAUUGAUAUCUAAGACUUGAAAGAGCAAUGCAAGAAUAAAAAUCCACUUAAUAGAGACGAGAGGUUGGAUAUGAUUCAUGCUCUCAGAUAAUUAGAUGAGAGAAGCCGCAGAACAGUGAAGACAGUAUUUGAUUCACACUCAAGACUAUUCUAUAUGAAUGGGGAUCAUAACAACAUGGGAUAUAUUGUAAGUGGUUUCUACCAAUCAAGAAAAGUGAAGCCCAUAGUUAUAUACUUGGAUGUACACUCAGAUGCUAGAGUUAAAGAGGAUGGUCCACACAGUGGAACCUGGAUCUCAGAAAUUUAUGACAGAGGUGAAUGCUAAAAUGCGUAUGUUAUAGGUCUCAGUUAUCUUAGUAAUUCAGAUGCAGCUAUAGGCAAUUUGGAAAAGAAUAAUGUUUAAUUUAAGGACUUCACUUGGGAUGAAAUUCAAAGAAGAGGGGGAUCUAGCAAGGCAAUCCCAUAAAUGACAGAGCAGAUAAUUAGUGAUAUAAAAUCAAGGUAUGGCAAAAACUAUCCAGUAAUACUAUCGAUUUGUGGAGAUACCGUUUCUGGAUUGCCUUGUAGUGCAUCCAAUGAGGUUGUAGGUUACCCUGCAGAAGACAUAUAUCCAAUGAUGUCUAAGAUGAUCGAAGAACUUAAUGUUGAAUGCCUCAAUGUUUCUGAGCUAAAGCCUAGUCUUGAUAAAACUAAAAAUAAUGCAUGUGGAGAAUUUUUAUCAUACUCAGUGUAUAUGUAUUCACAAACUCUUAUUAAAAAAAGCAAGUGA